AUGAACGCCACCGUCGGACAAUGUGAGGCGACCCGACGUGCUGCGGCGUUGAAUCGGAUCCGUGGACCGCAGUCAGCGCUUACCGACUUUCUGGCAUCGCACAAUAUCUCUGCUGCGCAGAUCCACCUCGACCACCAACGUCGUAUUCAGGAACACGAACAGCGACAACAAGAGCAGAACGCCGGCAAUGCAGAGGACGACAAUGCAGAUGCUGCCGGUGAGGACGAGGAAGACCCGGUUGAGCGACAGAAGCGCAAGCGCAAGGAAGAGAAGACUUUGAUGAAGAUCAAGCAGAGCAAGGAGUUCAAGAAGCGCAAGUUCGAGCAGAAGAAGGAGCAUGGCAGUGAUACCGAAAUGGACGACGACGAGCUCGCCCGGAGCAUGCUCGCAAAGUCCAAGCCGCUGCCGGGUCAACUGGACAACUGUGAUAUCUGCGAGAAGCGAUUCACCGUGACUCCAUACAGCAAGACUGGCCCCGACGGCGGUCUUUUGUGUGCCAAGUGCUCAAAGGAACUCAAAGACGAGGAGAAGAAAGAUGCCCAAGCCAACAAGAAGAGAGCCAGUGCACCACGAGGACGACGUCGACAGACGGAAAGCGACCGACUGAUGGGCGAUGUCAAGCCUGGCGCCAAGAGUCUGGUCGACAUCUGUGUCCGACGAGUUGCCAAUGUCGUUCACGACAUCGACGAGUUCGGCGACAUGCCUCAGAGUGUGCUGGACCGAUUGAGCCAGAUCCUCUCCAAGCAACGAGUCCUCACACCGCGUGUUCUUGAGCUUUUCCUGCGCCCGGAUAUCGACCGCAUCGACAUCUACGAUUGCGGCAAGCUCGAGCAGGAGGACUUCCAGAAGAUCUUCGCAUACAUGCCGGAUGUGAAGUUCGUCAAUCUUCGGUUCGCCGGUCAAAUGAAGGACGGCCCCAUGCUUUACAUGGUCGACAAGUGCAAGAAGAUCCGUCACUUGCAACUCGGCGCCGCGAACCUCGUCACUGAUGAAGCCUGGCUCCAGAUGUUCCAGAAGCUGGGUCCUCAGCUCGAAAGCCUGAAAUUGUCGGAAUUGAAUGACGCCUUGGGCGACGACAUGGUCGAAGAACUCGUCAAGAACUGCCAGAACCUCAAGCGACUGAAGCUGCGGUCUUGCUCGCACAUGGGCGAAGCGUCAGUCGAUGCGCUCUGCGCCCUGACCAAACUCGAGCACUUGACUCUUGCUGUCGCCCAGCAGGAAACCUCGGCAGCCACUCUUGUCAAGCUGAUCACUGCGCUGGGCCGGAACCUUCGCACCCUCUGUCUCGAGGAUUACCCCGAACUCGACGAUUCCGUGCUGGAAGCGAUCAAGAACCACUGCAACAAGUUGACCAAACUGCGCAUUCGAGGAACUAGUCCUUGCUCCGACGCCGCGUUUGCCUGCAUCUUCGACAACAACUCCGGCAACCCGCCGCUGGUAUAUGCGGACUUGUCGGACAACCGCGACAUGGACAACAUGAACCCCGAAGGUCCACAGGACAAUCCCAUCGGCUUGGGCUCGGCUGCUCUGGAAGCUCUGAUGAAACACUCCGGGGAGCGUCUGGAACGGCUGAACCUCAAAUCGUGCCGACAUAUUUCUCACGACGCCCUGAUCAACGUCUUCGAUGGCGUCAAGCAGUACCCGGAGUUGAAGGAUAUCGACUUGUCCUUCGUCACCCAGGUCGACGAUGUGGUCAUGAACGGCAUCUUCAAGAGUUGUCCGGCGCUCGCCAAGCUGGCUGUUUUUGCCUGCUUCAAUGCACGACAGGCCAGGAUUCCCGCCGGAAUCGCCGUCGUCGGACUGCCCAAUGCGCAGGACAGCAUUGUGGUCGGUGGAGCCUUGAAUGACUGGUAG